AUGUUCAAACAACAACUUUUGAUUCUUUCUGUACUCAUUCCAGUCAUUGGAAUUGCACUACAAAUCUAUUGGAACAGACAUCUCACUCUUCCUGUAAUGAUCUUUAGAUGUCUUUUGAACACAGUGAUUGCUCGUAACAAAUAUUUGGGACGUUUGUCAGAGAUGACAGAAAAGACAAGAUCCAAUAAGAAGGAGAGUAUUUUCAUGAUGGGAAGUGUGAUGAGACCCCAUUGGAAGGAUCUAGAUCUUGAAGCAAAAACGUUGAAUAGUUUAGUGGCCUUCGCCGGUCAAUCUCAAUUAAAAUUGGAUAAAUAUGGAUUAAGAAAAUCAAUGGAGCAUCAAGCCUUGUAUCCUCCUAUUGAAGCUGGAAGGAAUUGUGAAAGCAUUCAAGUCAUUGAAAGUUUAAGAAAUUCCAUUUUCGUUCGAAUGAAAGAGUUCAACUUGGACAAGAGUAAGGAACCUAAAGUAUUGUUUUAUGUUCAUGGAGGUGGUGGUUAUGGAGGAUUGGCAGCAGGUUUACAAGCACGAGGUGUGGUCGAGUUUUUAAAUGAUUCACGAUAUACUCACUCGAUCAAAUUCAUGCUUUCUGUGAAUUAUCGAUUGCUUGGUUUGGAUGAAAAUGAAAAGAAGAAGCGUGAUGUUUAUGCAGCAAAUUUUGAAGAUCAACUUGAGGAUUGUUGGAAUGCUUAUCAGUGGUUGUUGAAAGAAAACAAUUUCAAACCUCAAAAUAUUGUCAUGAUGGGUGACUCCUUUGGACCCAUGUUGAUCAUGAAUUUGUUGGCCAAGAUUGGAGCCAAUGCCACAGAACAACUUCCUCGUGCUGCAGCAUUGGCCUCUGGCUAUUUUGAUUUGAGUGGUAAAACAUUGGGAGAAAACUUUGACGAAGAAAAUUCCAUUCUUGUCAGCAAGAAUAAUAUGGAAUUAAUUCAAGGACUUUAUGCGACGGAGAAAUCAUCUUACUCUCCAAUUGGUUAUGACAGCACUGUCGUUUCCUCAUUCAAUGCCACGAAAUUAUUGUUGGUUUACAGUAAUCAUGAAGAAUGCACAGCUGACAAUGUCAAGAUGGUGCAAACUUUGCAAAAUGGCAAACAUCCUCAUGUUCAAGUCAUUGCUGAAAAUGGUCACAUUCAUGGCUAUCCUCUUUUCUUUUAUUACUCACCACAAAUUAGAAAAACUAUGGAAAAGAUGAUUGAAUUUUUGGAUCAAUCCCAAUUAUUUAAUUAA